CUCCUGGAACCCAUUAGGCAGCUGGGGCCCACCGCGUCUGGCGGCGGAACCUCUUGCCAAGGUAGAAUGUAGAUGGCAAAACCGACGGAUAUGCCCUGAUCUGAACUGUGGUCUCGAUGGCCCAACUGUCCUGCCCUUUUGUGACAGACGCCGUGAGGUCCUUUGGUACUGAAGACCGCCCCACAGAUAGGCCUGCUCCCCCAAGAGAGGAAAUUUAUGAGUACAUCAUUUUUCGGGGAAGUGAUAUCAAAGAUAUUACUGUAUGUGAACCUCCGAAAGCUCAGCACACACUCCCUCAGGAUCCUGCUAUCGUUCAGUCUUCCCUGGGCUCUGCCUCUGCCUCGCCCUUCCAGCCACAUGUGCCUUAUAGCCCCUUCAGAGGGAUGCCACCCUAUGGCCAGCUGGCAGCCAGCUCCCUGCUCAGCCAGCAGUAUGCAGCUUCCUUAAGUCUAGAGAAGUUGGUAAGCCCUCCAGCCUCAGCCGCUGCUUCCAGUCCUAGUUCUUCUCCAUCUCCACAGCCCGUUUCAGAGCUUGACAUGUCCUCAGAGCCACCUCAGCUCACUUCCAAGGGACCUGGUUUUCCAUCUGCCCCAGUUGGCAAGAGCCCCAUGGUGGAACAGGCUGUCCAGACUGGUUCCGUUGAUAACCUGAAUGCCAAAAAGCUGUUACCUGGCAAGGGCACCUCAGGGAUGCAGCUCAAUGGUCACCAGGCCCAGCCAAGCAGCAAGACGGCUGGUGAUAUAGUCCAGCCAGCAGCUGUGCACACUCAAGGGCAGGUGAAUGACGAGAACAGAAGACCUCAGAGGAGGCGGUCAGGGAAUCGGCGAACAAGAAAUCGAUCCAGAGGGCAAAACCGUCCUACUAAUGUCAAGGAAAACACAAUCAAGUUUGAAGGAGACUUUGAUUUUGAGAGUGCAAAUGCCCAGUUCAACCGAGAGGAGCUGGACAAAGAAUUCAAGAAGAAACUAAAUUUUAAAGAGGAUAGGGCUGAGAAGGGGGAAGAGAAGGACCAGGCUGUGGUCACUCAGAGUGAUGAAACUCCUGCUGAGGAAGACCUUCUGGGGCCCAACUGCUACUAUGACAAAUCCAAGUCAUUCUUCGACAACAUCUCUUCUGAACUCAAGACCAGUUCUAGGCGGACAACAUGGGCUGAAGAGAGGAAGCUGAAUACGGAGACUUUUGGGGUAUCAGGGAGGUUCCUUCGCGGCCGCACUUCCCGCGGUGGAUUCCGAGGAGGCAGGGGCAAUGGGACCACUCGGCGCAAUCCAACUUCCCACAGAGCCGGGACUGGCAGGGUGUAAAGAUGCAGCCUCCUGAGCUCGUUUAGAGGUGCAGGUGGUGCUGCAUAUAUCAGGACACAGGAAACGCCGCACAUGUGGGAAGCGGGUCCCGUUGAGUUCGGCAAAUUCCCACACUGCUACUUAUGUUUGUACUCAAUUGAACUUGGACAUGGUCUGAGUUAGAACUUGUUUUGGGGAAAGUAUUCAUGGGUAACCUCUUUGAGGUAUCAUGACCUACGUUCCUUUUCAGUCAUGCAUAGCCUAAUUGUAAGGUUUGGUAUUUUGCAAAAAUGUUUCUAUAGCAAAGGCUUGAUCCUCACUUCGUGACUGUUUCUUUUUUAUGACAGCUUUGACUUUUAAAGUGGAACCAAAUCUCAUUUGGCACACAUGGCAGCCAA